AUGAAGUGUGGAUCUAUGAUUGCAAAAGUAUUGGCUACAUGCGUUUGUGCCUCUAAGGUAUAUGCUGAUAUUAGAAGAGAAUGCGGUUCUUCUGAGAACGAAAUGCUGAUUGAUCAAUUCCAACAAAAUCCGGUAGUCCAAACAACAAAUCAAGAGUCUGUUAUUGACGGAAAUCAAGGAUUAUGUGAUAUUUCCGAGCCAAAUAAUAUUAUUGUUGAGGUAGAUCCCAAAGAUAAUAGCGUUAUUUUUAAGGAGAGAAAAGUUGAAAAAGGUGAAGGACCUGAAGAGUAUUAUUAUAUUGAACUCUGGGAGAAAUUCUAUCUUACUAAGGAGGAAUACGAAUCAAUUGUUAAGAAGCAAAAUAAGGGUGCCAUUGAACAAGCUGAGCAAGAAAAUGUGUCAAUUGCUGAGGAACAAGAUGAGCAAGAAAAUGUGUCAAUUGCUGAGGAACAAGAUGAGGGAUAUGCCACUGAAGAAGAAAGUGAGCAAGAAACUGAAUAA